ACGAUUCUGUUGGUUCCUGGUGGUGAGUAGAGCGAUUGAAGGGGCCGGGCCCAUAGCGGAGAAAUGGCGAGUACGGUUAACGAGAACGAGUGUGGAGGGGAAACACAGAGCCUUGAGCCACAGGGACCGGGCCGGGGCACGGCCAGAUGGGGUCCACAACACGCCGGUGCCCGAGAACUGGCUAAUUUGUACUCUCCAGGCAAAAGAUGUCAAGAAUACAUCAGUGUCAUUCUCUGCUUCUCUCUCAUGGCCUUCAACCUCAUUUACCUCCUUGCCAAUUUCCAUCAGGGACAUAUAUGGUUCAUCCUGCUGGGCAUUGUGGCAGGUAUCCUCACCGCAGACUUUGCAUCAGGACUUGUUCAUUGGGGGGCUGAUACAUGGGGAUCAGUAGAUCUACCCAUCGUUGGAAAGGCCUUUAUACGUCCAUUCAGAGAGCACCACAUCGACCCCACAGCCAUCACCCGUCACGACUUCAUUGAGACCAACGGUGACAACUGCAUGCUGACCAUAGUCCCUCUAGCAAACAUGGCCUUUAACUUUCUCACCCUCUCCCCUGCGGAGAUUUACCAUAACUACCCCUGGUACUGCUACCUGUAUGCACUGGCCAUCUUUGUGACUCUUACCAACCAGAUUCACAAGUGGUCUCACACAUACUUCGGGCUGCCUCGAUGGGUCGUGUUCCUGCAGGACUGCCAUAUCAUCCUUCCCCGCAAGCACCACCGCAUCCAUCAUGUCUCUCCUCAUGAGACAUAUUUCUGCAUCACUACAGGUUGGCUGAACUAUCCUCUGGAGAAGCUGGGUUUCUGGAGAUACUUGGAGGAUCUCAUCCAGGGUGUGACAGGAGAGAAGCCGAGGUCGGACGAUCUGAAAUGGGCUCAGAAAGUCAAGUAACACAGCGGGCUACCUGCACCCUACCUCAGACAGCACUGGGUCCGUCCAGGCUUCUCACGUCCCCCCACCCCCCUCCUCUUUUUUUUGCCUCACUUAAAUUGUAAUCCAUAGGAAGAAAAGCUAACAGUUUCUGAUGCCAUAGCUUUAACCUUGCACAUUUGUUUUUCAAAAGGAGGGCUUUGUUGGUGGAAUUUUUCAUCACAUUCACACAGAUAAUAUUUAAAAAAAAAAACUGCAAUAUAUCCUUAAAACUUUAUAUAUUUAACACAGCUCAUCACUUUUUAAGGCUUUUGCUAAGGAAGCGUGAUCAUAUACAUUUGAAAUCACUUUCUAAGGAAAUUAAAUAUUUUCUCCACAUAUAUAUAAAAAAAUCAAGCUGAAGAAAAAAGUACUUGAAAGGUUGAACGCUUUUUCCUCCUCCUGAGCCACAGCUGUUAAUUUGACACAGUGAUGAAUCACAUUAUAUUUAGCACACUUUUAUUUUCUGUGGAUCAGUCUUUGCAUCUCUACUUCAUCAAGGGUCUACUUGAUGUGCAAUUGAUUUAGGUCAUGGUGCGUAGUUAGGCUGGGGUGAUAUUGAAUUUCUGGAUGCUUUACCAAUGUUGAUAGCUAAAGAUCAAAUUGAUAAAUAUUACUGUUACAUUUAUUGUGUACUUGCACAUUUGGGUUUAGCUCAACCCACUUUUGACACUGUUUUUAAAGCGAGGUGAAGACAAGAGGUGUUCAAGAAUGAAGACUAGAAACAGUUUCUAAAACACAGCCAUAUUUAAUUGUUUAGUCUGGGGUGUGACUCCAGCGGUACUGAGGAACAUAGACGGUAUAAAAGAUGGACAUGGUCACUCACCCAGUGGUUAGUGAAGUCCCUUUUUGAAUGUAAUAAACAAGGGUGAACUGUGAACUACACACUCAUUGGCUAACGACUUGUCAAUCACAAGUUGUCAGGCAAUGGAUAAUUGUCCCUCCUGAAACUUAGAAUGACCAAAAUUUGCAAAAUGGACUCAAUAUUUUAUUCAAUAUGACCUGAAAUAAGUAAAUCUAAGGGCUGUUUUCCCAUAAGACCAGAAAUCUUUGUGCUACCACAGGUAUCGCUCCCUGGUGGCUAUUAAAAAGAAUGCAUGUUUAAAGCACUUCCGUUUUGGCUUCACUUUUCAGCCCUGGGAGCUGCGUCCAUCUUUUAGACUAUUCUGACAAAGAGAAAUGUUACCACUGAGAUGCUAAAGGAAAAAAACCAAAAGGAAAAAAAAAAAAAAAAAA